AGAGUGAAUUAGCAUGCAUAUCUGUUCUAGACGGCAUGCUUCCUUCCGAUGUAGCGCUGGAUAGGCUUGCAAUGACCAACCGUGCCAACCAACUUUGGAAUUUUCCAAUCUCGAAAUUCUGAGCUGGUGCUAAACUUCGAGAUCCACCACUCAGCGCCCACAAUGUCGAAUUCUGCGGAACCGCACACCGACGAGGAAGUCGAGACAUCACUCAACAAAGUAGAUCGAAAGAAGGACAAGAAGGGCAAGAAGAAAUCCAGACCCACGCACGGAGAAGCCGACCAAGAUGCCCACGAAGAGGCCAACCCCUCCAAGAAGCGCAAGCGCGACCCUCUCCCCGAAGAAAUAGAAAUCGACGUCAGCGCCCCAGAGCCCGCUUCCAAGAAAGCCGCCCGCAAAGCGAAGAAGGCCAAGCUUCACCCAACGUCCACUGGCGCUGCGACAGCCACAAAUGGCACCACGGACGCUAAGUCCAAGCCAGAGAAGCAAGAGGAAGAAGUGAGGGAGCACACUGGGAAGCGGUCUGUCCAUGGCGUCUGGAUCGGCAAUCUGCCUUGGUCUGCUACUAAGGAAUCGCUGCUAGCGUUCCUCACCGAGAACUCUGAGAUCAAGACCGAGGAGAUAACCCGUGUCUUCAUGCCCGCGCCCACCAAGGCUCCCAGACCGAACUGGACAACAGAGAUGCCACAGAACAAAGGCUUUGCCUAUGUCGACUUCUCAACCGAGCUGGCAAUGUACUCUGCCAUCGCACUCACCGAGACGAAGAUGGACAGGCGGGCGCUGCUGAUCAAGAACGCGAAGAGCUUUGAAGGGCGGCCGGAUAAGCCCAAGUCAGAGCAGGAGGAAGCUGCAGCGAAGGCGAAGGACAAGAGGCAGCCGAGUCGGAAGGUGUUUGUAGGCAAUCUCGGAUUUGAAACGAGCAAAGAGGACCUGGAGGAGCACUUCGGACAGUGUGGCGCGGUAGAGAAUAUCCAUAUGGCGACGUUUGAGGAUUCGGGCAAGUGCAAGGGCUUCGCAUGGGUGACGUUUGAAGACGUUGAGGCUGCGACCUCAGCCGUCAAUGGCUAUGUCUACAAAUUGGACAAGGAUAUCAAGACGAAAGGAGAGACCGAGGAAGAGCAUUCCGAGAAGAAGAGCAAGAAGCGCAAAUUCCGCCUCAACAAGCUCCUCGGUCGCGAUCUACGAUGCGAAUUCGCCGAGGACCCGACGACACGAUAUCAGAAACGCUACGCCAAGGAAAAGCCGCAAGACGGUGAUGCGAUAACCGAAGAGAGCCCCCGCGAACGUCCAUUAAACAGGAGGGGCCCAUACGUUCCUACGGGAAAGCCGUACAAGCAGUUUGAGCGUAAAGCCAAAGUGGAUCCCCGCAGUAUCAAGCCCGGCGCUGCGCACACAAGUGCACAGAGAGCUUCGUACGCGAUUGCGGAGAGCAAGGGGAAGAAGAUUACUUUUGAUUGAGCGAUCGUGGACCGUAGGACAUCUUUUAACGAAUAUGCAUGAUU